AUGGAACGAUUAUUCCAUCACAUUCGGCCACACAAAACCCUAUCAAAACCAUCCAAAAACAAAGGAAGACGAGUGAAUGCAAGGAGUGUCGGCACUGUGAAGUAUUCUCCAAUUUCAGGUAAAAUGUGGAUAUUUCUUGUGGUGAUGACAAUUGCUAAUCUCGGAGGAGCACCUGUUGCGAGAGAAAAUACUCGAUCAACUUCAAUUCCGCCUGCCCAAGAAGAAAGUGUCUCUAGAACAGUUUCUAAAACAACUGAACGUCCUCUUUCCCAAAAUAUGGAUUCUUUUCCAAACUCGGGUGAUACAGAAAAACAAAGAGACUCAAUUGCCCCCACCCCAAUCGAAUUAUAUCAUAAGUUGCAUUUUCAUCCUACAAAGGAAUGGCUAAAUGAUGAGACACACAUUCAAUAUGAAAAUAUUCUCCAAAUGAAAGAGGAUGAAUGUACCAAAUUAGUUUCUGCGGGAAUAAGCAUUACUCCAGAAAUGGAAUAUGACAUAGAGAAAAAAGCCGUUAAAAUCGUUUCUGCCAAACAUAAAACAUUACUAUCUAGAUGGGAGGCUUCAAGUGGACCUAUUAUGAGGAAAAAAGAUCUACAUAUCUUAUCAGCAGCGGAAACGGCUCAAUCAGCCGCAACGGAUGAAGUGGCUUUGAAAAGUAAAGUUACUGCACUCGAGGAAGAGGUUCAAGAAAACAAAGAUAAAGUCAAACAAAAUGAGGAGAAAUGUGAAACGAUGCUUCAAUUUAUGAUCUUAAAGUUCCCAGAUUCUCAAAACAUAUUAUGCCCGCCUGAUAAAUAA